UGUGAGCCUGAGGCUGAAAUCGACAUUUGCCUCUGGCAGGGAAAUGAACUUGUCAGUUUCCUUGUGCUUCAGACCCUCAACCCAAAGGAGUCAGAGAUUGCAGUAGCAAUUUGGCUUUGUGUAUCAAGAACCUCACAACUAUAAAGGGUCUUCCCACCCACCCUCGGACCCCCUCCUGUCUUGCUCACAGCCGCAGGACUCCAAAGACAUCACGUGGCAGCGUGGAGCCCGCCUCCGGAUGACGUCACAGCACUCGCAGCAGACGUGCUGAAGAAAGGAUGCUCUAGGAUGCUGUCCAGGUGGACGGCCACGCUGCAAGAUGCGGCACUGCAGGUGGACUUCUCUUCCAGGAGUAACUAGCAUGGUCAGCUCAGGAGCCAUGAGUGCCUCUGGGAACCUAAUGGACUUCCUUGAUGAGCCUUUCCCUGAUGUGGGGACCUAUGAGGACUUUCACACCAUAGACUGGCUAAGGGAAAAGUCCCGGGACACUGACAGACACAGAAAGAUAACCAGCAAAAGUAAGGAGUCAAUCUGGGAGUUCAUCAAGAGCCUGUUGGAUGCGUGGUCAGGAUGGGUGGUGAUGCUACUCAUUGGGCUGCUGGCAGGUACCUUGGCUGGGGUCAUCGAUCUUGCUGUUGACUGGAUGACAGACCUGAAGGAGGGUGUCUGUCUAUCUGCUUUCUGGUACAGUCAUGAGCAGUGCUGCUGGACCUCUAAUGAGACCACUUUCGAGGACAGGGACAAGUGUCCCCUGUGGCAGAAGUGGUCAGAGCUUCUGUUGAGCCAGUCAGAGGGUGCCAGUGCUUACAUUCUGAAUUACUUAAUGUACAUUCUGUGGGCAUUGCUGUUUGCAUUUCUGGCCGUCUCCCUGGUACGUGUAUUUGCACCAUAUGCCUGUGGCUCUGGCAUACCUGAGAUAAAGACCAUUUUGAGUGGAUUUAUCAUCAGAGGCUACUUGGGGAAAUGGACACUGCUAAUCAAGACUGUUACCUUGGUGCUAGUUGUGUCCUCUGGCCUGAGCCUGGGGAAAGAGGGGCCACUGGUGCAUGUGGCUUGUUGCUGUGGCAACUUCUUCAGCAGCCUUUUCUCCAAAUAUAGCAAGAAUGAGGGCAAGAGGCGUGAGGUGCUUUCAGCUGCAGCUGCUGCUGGUGUCUCUGUGGCAUUUGGUGCUCCCAUAGGAGGUGUGCUCUUCAGUCUAGAGGAGGUCAGUUACUACUUCCCCUUGAAAACCUUGUGGAGGUCAUUUUUCGCAGCACUGGUAGCGGCUUUCACACUGCGCUCCAUCAACCCCUUUGGAAAUAGUCGCCUGGUUCUCUUUUAUGUGGAGUAUCAUACACCCUGGUAUAUGGCCGAACUCUUCCCUUUCAUCCUGCUUGGAGUCUUUGGGGGUUUGUGGGGAACCCUCUUCACACGCUGCAACAUUGCCUGGUGCAGGAGGCGUAAAACUACCAGACUGGGGAAGUACCCAGUGUUGGAGGUCAUUGUGGUGACAGCCAUCACUGCCAUCAUCGCCUAUCCCAAUCCAUACACUCGUCAGAGCACCAGUGAGCUCAUUUCUGAGCUGUUUAACGACUGUGGGGCUCUUGAAUCCUCCCAGCUCUGUGACUACAUCAAUGACCCUAACAUGACUCGGCCUGUAGAUGACAUUCCAGACCGGCCAGCUGGAGUUGGGGUGUACACAGCCAUGUGGCAGCUGGCCUUGGCACUGAUCUUCAAAAUAGUCAUUACUAUAUUUACAUUUGGCAUGAAGAUUCCUUCAGGCCUCUUCAUCCCCAGCAUGGCUGUAGGAGCCAUGGCAGGCCGGAUGGUGGGAAUCGGUGUAGAGCAGCUGGCUUACCAUCACCAUGACUGGAUCAUCUUCAGGAACUGGUGCAGGCCUGGAGCAGACUGUGUCACACCAGGACUUUAUGCGAUGGUGGGAGCUGCAGCCUGUCUAGGUGGGGUGACUAGGAUGACGGUGUCACUGGUAGUCAUCAUGUUUGAACUGACUGGAGGCCUGGAGUAUAUUGUGCCCCUGAUGGCAGCUGCUGUCACCAGCAAGUGGGUGGCUGAUGCCUUUGGGAAAGAAGGGAUUUAUGAAGCUCACAUCCAUCUGAAUGGGUACCCAUUUCUCGAUGUGAAGGAUGAGUUCACCCACCGUACCCUGGCCACAGAUGUGAUGCGGCCCCGGAGGGGAGAACCACCAUUGUCGGUACUCACCCAGGACAGCAUGACUGUGGAGGACGUGGAGACACUCAUCAAAGAGACAGACUACAACGGCUUUCCUGUGGUGGUCUCCAGAGACUCAGAGCGUCUCAUUGGCUUUGCCCAGAGGCGAGAGCUGAUCUUGGCUAUAAAGAAUGCCAGACAGAGGCAAGAGGGCAUUGUGAGCAAUUCCAUCAUGUACUUCACAGAGGAGCCCCCUGAGCUGCCUGCUAACAGCCCACAUCCCCUGAAAUUGAGGCGUAUCUUGAACUUGAGCCCUUUCACUGUCACAGACCACACACCCAUGGAGACUGUUGUGGACAUCUUCCGGAAACUGGGGCUCCGGCAAUGCCUGGUGACACGGAGUGGGAGACUUCUUGGAAUCAUCACAAAAAAAGAUGUUCUGAGACACAUGGCCCAGAUGGCAAACCAAGACCCCGAAUCCAUCAUGUUUAAUUAGCAAUAAGGCUGCAAAUGUUUUGAGAAGACCAAUAAGUGUAUAAUUUUUAAAGAAAUAAUCAAAUGAUGCAUUAUGAUCCCAGUGAAAGACCAUGUGCUGAGAGGGCAGCAGAAAUGAAAGCCUUGUUUGAAAGAAGGGGAGAAGGAUGAAACUUUUUUAAAAAGGCAAACCAUAAAUUAGUAGGCAUUUUAUAACGUUAACCACUUAUGUGAUCCAAGCCGUGUUUCUUAAUGAGUUACUAACUGCUUUGAGGGCAUAUGGGAAUGUGUAAAUGACAUGAAUUAUACGAGGAUGUGGAACACAAGAAACUUUGGUCCCUUCACUCAAGGUUGAUGUUUGUAAUUUUGGAGUACAUGUGAAACUUUGACAAAGAGGGGUAUCGGCAUGCCACUGUUAUAUAUUGGUUCCUACAAUUUUGCUAUUGUGUUAAGGAACCAUAGGGAAGAUAUUGAGCUUACUUUACUGGAAGAGAAAAGAAAUUAAAGUUGGAUACAGUGAAAACUACAAGCAGACCCUGAUGAGUCUACUCAUGACGAUCUCAUUUCUUGCUUUUGUUCUCAAGCCCAUUGUUUUGCUUCUUUAUCAGUCUGAACCAGUAUCAGUUCAGUGAACCAUAGUGAACUUCUAAAGAAGACCAAUAUGUUUAGACUGGACAGUGAACUUUUGGGACAUGUUGUGCUGUGCGGACAUUCCUCUCAUAUAAGAGGAUGCAUUCUUACUUUGAGGGGACACCUGCCUCAUCACUGAUUUGCAACCCCAAAGCUUUGGCUUCAUUUAUUUAUAUGGUUACUUGUGUGUUUGAUAUAUAGACCAGUCUAGCACCUGCCAUGGAUUAUUGCCUGUGUGCUCCCAGAUUGCUGUACUGUGUUACUGUGUUUUUGUUUCCAAGUAGCAUGUGCAAUACUCAAAAACCAGCUACCCAGUGUUUCUACUUAACUCUCUUCUCAGGUCUUUCAGAUAGAGCCAUGAUUAGAGUGAGGCAUAUGAGUUCUCAAUGGGAAUUCCUCCUAAUGGAUUACAAGAGAAAUAGUAAAUUGAUUCUAAAUCUC